AUGAAGAUAAUGAAGACGACGAUGGAACAGACAGUGAUGAUGAGGAUGAAAGUGAAGACAUUUUCAGUCAACCACAGACCACGAACAACAAUGGAGGAAACUCAGGAAUUUUUCAGUCAGAAUAAUGAAUACGAAUAUGACUCUUCAGAUGAAGAAGAUGUGCGGAAUACCAUAGGAAACAUCCCUAUUGAGUGGUAUGAUGAUUUCCCCCACAUUGGGUACGAUAUUGAGGGCAGAAAACUGAUCCGACCCAACCAAGGAGAUGCGCUGGAUGAGUUUUUGGAGAAAGUGGAUGACCCAAAUUACUGGCGUACUGUGAAAAACAAACUCACUGGUCAGAAAGUACUUUUAAGUGAUGAAGAUGUCAAGAUGAUCCAGCGAAUCCAAUCUGGCACACACCCGGCGGGGAAAGAAGAUUUAUAUGCUCCGUGGGUUGACUUUUUUACAAAUGAAGUUAUGCAAAUGCCAGUAACGGGCAGGCCUCCGGACAAGCGUAGUUUUAUCCCAUCAAAGUGGGAAAAGCAGCGGGUUGGUCAGAUGUUGCACGCUCUCAAAAUGGGAUGGAUGAAGCCCCGGGGAGAGAUUCGUAAAAUGAAGUUGGCUAACGAUCCAAAUGCACCUUCCUUAGAUUUAUGGAAAGAUGAUGCUGAGCCAGAGAGUACAAAGAGGUACAGGAUGCACAUCCCAGCACCCAAGGAACCUUUACCUGGCCAUGCUGAGUCUUUCAACCCGCCAGAGGAAUACUUGUUUGACAAGGAGGAGGAAGCUAAAUGGGAUGCACAGGAACCAGAGGAGAGAAGAAUGAACUUCAAGCCUCAGAAGUUUUCCAACUAUAGAUCUGUGCCCAAGUUUGCCACAUUUAUCAACGAGAGGUUUUCCAGACUGCUGGACUUGUACCUGGCCUCCAGGCAGAGGAAGAUGAAGAUGAAUGUUAAUCCUGAAGAUUUGAUACCAAAACGACCAGACAAGAAAGACUUGAUGCCAUAUCCCACAAGAGAGGGCAUGAUUUACAAAGGCCACGCUGGCAUGGUUCGAAGCAUUUCUCCAGAUCCUACAGGCCAGUGGCUCGCAUCAGGCUCAGAUGAUGAAACCAUGAAACUCUGGGAGGUUGCCACCGGUCGCUGUAUGAAGACCUUGAGCAUGGGCGGUAAAGUCACCUAUGUAGCUUGGAACCAGAAUCCUUCCUGCAAUGUUAUUGCUGCAGUUGUGGGCAAAAAUGUGAUCAUCAUAAACCCGGGCCUUGGCGACAAACUGGUGUGCACAAAUGUCGACAACACACUCAACAAUUUUGAGGACAGUGGCGACAGUUCUGGUCAGAAGUCAUCUGUGGACUGGUCAGGUUAUGAUGAUUUCACGGAUCAACUUAAUGGAUUCAGGAUUAAAAUUGCUCACCCUAAGAAUGUGGCACAAAUAACUUGGCAUGCUAAGGGAGAUUACUUUGCCACAGUCCAACGUGACAGCAAAAGUCAAGCUGUUCUAAUUCACCAGCUGUCCAAAAGAAAGACGCAGGCUCCAUUUUCCAAACCAAAAGGUCUUGUUCAACUUGUGAUGUUCCAUCCGAUUCAUCCUUACUUCUUUGUUGCGACCCAGCAACAUGUGAGAGUGUACAACCUGGUGAAGCAGGAGUUGUUUAAGAAGUUACAGGCCAACUGCAAGUACAUCUCUUCCAUCGACAUACACCCUGGAGGGGACAACAUCAUCAUUGGCAGCUAUGAUAGUCGAUUAUGUUGGUUCGAUACAGACUUGUCUACAAAACCAUAUCAAACACUCAAAUACCACAAAAAAGCUCUCCGUCAGGUGACUUUCCAUAAACACUACCCCUUGUUUGCCUCAGCCUCGGAUGAUGGAUCCGUCAUUAUCAGUCACGGCAAGGUCUACAGCGACCAACUGUUGAACCCGCUAAUUGUGACAGUCAAAGUUCUGCGAGGGCACAAGACAACAGAUCAUCUGUCAGUGCUGGACUGCAAAUUCCACCCCACACAGCCGUGGGUUUUCUCCAGUGGCGCCGACAGUACCAUCCGAUUAUUUGUGUGA